AUGGAAACCAGAAAUCAUUCUUUGGUAACUGAAUUUAUCUUAGAGGGGUUAACAGACCAGGCAGGUCUCCAGCUUCCUCUCUUCUUCCUGUUUCUAAUGAUUUACAUGGUCUCCAUGGUGGGAAAUGUGGGCUUGGUCUUUUUAAUCAGGAUCAGUUCUCAGCUUCACACACCCAUGUAUUAUUUUCUCAGUAAUUUGUCCUUCAUAGAUCUCUGCUAUUCCUCUGUCAUAAUUCCCAAGAUGCUGGUUAACUUCAUAUCGCGGAGGAAUUUCACUUCCUUUUCUGAGUGCAUGGUUCAGCUGUUUUUCUUCUGCUUCUUUGGCAUUGAUGACUCCUACAUGUUGACAGCCAUGGCAUAUGAUCGCUAUGCUGCCAUUUGUCACCCCUUGCUCUACAAUGUUACCAUGUCCCAUAGAGUCUGCUUGCUACUAGUCACCAGUGUGUAUAUAGUGGGAGCUGCGGGAGCCUUGGUUCACACCAGCUACGUAUCUAGUCGUUCCUUCUGUGGAACUAAUGUCAUCCAUCAUUACUUCUGUGACAUCCUUCCUCUCCUGAAUAUAUCUUGCUCAAGAGACUACAUUAUGGAACUUUCAGUGAUGAUUCUGGUUGGAUUCAAUGUCUUUGCAUGUGCGUUAGCCAUCUUCAUCUCUUAUGCCUUCAUUCUUUCCAGCAUCUUGUGCAUCCGCUCAGCUGAAGGCAGGUCCAAAGCUUUCAGUACCUGCAGUUCUCACCUUGCAGCUGUUGGGGUCUUCUAUGGCUCUAUCAUCUUCAUGUAUUUUAAACCAUCUACCAGUGACACAACACAGGAGAAGGUGGCCUCUGUGUUUUAUACCACAGUGAUUCCUAUGCUUAACCCUAUUAUCUACAGCCUUAGGAACAAAGAUGUCAAAGAAUCCCUUAAAAAACUUCUGAGUGGUGAGAUACUUUCCAGGUCUGUUUAG